UCCGAGCCAUGCGAUGCGCUCCGCGCCCGGCAGCCGGGCCCUUCCCGCGGGACGGUACCGCUCGGGGACUUAAAAACUCUUGUGGAUACAAUGAAGUGGCUCUGGGACUCUUGGUUUAGCAGGAAAAAUUAAAUAAACCAAUCUGUUUCCACUACUAGGAGUAAAGACCAGUAAAGACAAAGCAGGAUGAAAAGAUGGCUGACUUCUUGUUACCACCGGGUACUAACAGCUUCCACCGGUUCACGCCUGAAUCCUUGGCUGCUAUUGAGAAACGAAUUGCGGAGAAGCUUGCAAGGAAUGCCAAGCAGGAAUACAGAGAGCAGCUGGGGGAAGAAGAGAAACCUCAGCCCCAGUUUGAUUUGCAAGCUUGCAAGAAGCUGCCCGAUAUCUAUGGGACUGUUCCUCCAGAGCUCAUUGGGGAGCCGUUGGAGGAUGUUGACCCUUUCUACAAUGAUCGUAAGACAUUUAUAGUACUGAACAAAGGGAAGACAAUCUUUCGAUUUAGUGCCACUCCUGCCUUGUAUAUACUUAGUCCUUUCCAUCCAAUCAGAAGAGCAGCAAUUAAAAUUUUGGUACAUUCAUUGUUCAGUAUGUUUAUUAUGUGCACUAUUUUAACUAAUUGUGUGUUCAUGGCACAAUCAGAGACUCCGUCGUGGAAUAAAUAUGUUGAGUACACUUUCACUGGCAUUUACACUUUUGAGUCAUUGAUAAAAAUCUUGGCAAGAGGAUUUUGCAUGACAGAAUUCACCUUCCUUCGAGAUCCAUGGAACUGGCUGGAUUUCAGUGUUAUUGUUAUGGCAUACAUAACUGAAUUUGUGGACCUGGGCAAUGUCUCAGCCUUACGAACGUUCAGAGUACUGCGGGCGCUGAAAACAAUCUCAGUCAUUUCAGGACUGAAGACCAUUGUAGGGGCACUUAUCCAGUCUGUUAAGAAACUUGCUGAUGUGAUGAUCCUGACCGUUUUCUGCUUGAGUGUCUUUGCCCUCAUAGGCCUCCAGCUCUUCAUGGGCAACUUGCGACACAAGUGUGUCAGGGACUACACCAAGUUUAACUCCACCAAUGGCACGUUGUAUUUGGAUGGUAGAACGUGGAACACCUCAGAGGAAUUUCUUAGUGAUCCAGUGAACUAUUUCAUAAAAAAUGGUACUGAAGAUGUGUUACUGUGUGGCAAUAGCACUGAUGCUGGCACAUGUCCUGAAGGAUACAUAUGUCUGAAGGCUGGGGAGAAUCCUGACCAUGGCUACACAAGCUUUGAUACUUUUGGCUGGGCCUUUCUCUCUCUAUUCCGUCUUAUGACUCAAGAUUAUUGGGAACGUCUCUAUCAACAGACUCUCAGAUCUGCUGGGAAGAUCUACAUGCUUUUUUUUAUGCUGGUCAUCUUUCUGGGCUCAUUUUAUCUGGUCAACCUUAUUCUGGCUGUCGUGGCCAUGGCGUAUGAAGAGCAGAACCAAGCCACUAUUGCUGAAACAGAGGAGAAGGAAAGAAAGUUUCGGGAAGCCAUGGAGAUGUUAAAGAAAGAGCAGGAGGCAUUAGCGGCUAAAGGAAUUGAUUCAAUGUCACUUAGUUCGUUGGAAAUGUCACCUUUAGCAUCCAAAAAUGCCAAGGAAAGAAGAAAUAAGCGAAAGAAAAAGAAAUCUUUGGGGGCAGAAGAGUAUGGGGAAGACCAAAGGAAUCCCAAGUGUGACUACGACGAUGGUCAGAGGAGAAUGACCUCUCCCUCGGAUGAGGCGAGCAAGAAGCAGCUUCUAAUGCCCCACCGCCCGUCGGUGGACCACUCGGAUGAACCCUUUCAGAGGCAGAGGGCAGUGAGCGCCGUCAGCAUCAUCACCAGUGCCCUGGAAGAGCUGGAGGAAUCACACCAGAAAUGUCCUCCCUGCUGGAACCACUUUGCUGUUAAAUUUCUCAUUUGGGAUUGCUGCCCGCUUUGGCUUUUAAUCAAGAAAUUUGUCAAGUUUGUGGUAAUGGACCCAUUUACCGACCUCACCAUCACCCUUUGCAUUGUGCUGAACACGCUCUUCAUGGCCUUGGAGCAUUACAAGAUGACGAAGGAGUUUGACCACAUGCUUUACAUAGGCAAUUUGGUCUUCACUGGGAUUUUUACAGCAGAAAUGAUCUUCAAAGUAAUUGCCCUUGACCCCUACUACUAUUUUCAGCAGGGCUGGAAUAUUUUUGACAGCAUAAUUGUUAUACUGAGCCUGAUGGAACUGGGUUUGUCCAGCAUGGGAAACCUGUCUGUUUUACGCUCCUUUCGAUUGCUGCGAGUCUUCAAAUUGGCAAAGUCCUGGCCGACCUUAAAUACGCUCAUUAAAAUCAUUGGUAAUUCAGUGGGUGCCCUCGGUAACCUCACUCUUGUGCUGGCAAUCAUCGUCUUCAUUUUUGCCGUGGUGGGAAUGCAGCUUUUUGGGAAAAGCUACAUGGACAAUGUGAAGAAGAUAAGCACAACCGGCAAUUUGCCACGGUGGCACAUGAACGAUUUCUUUCACUCAUUCCUCAUCAUUUUCCGAAUUUUGUGCGGGGAGUGGAUUGAGACCAUGUGGGACUGCAUGGAGGUAGCUGGGCAGCCGCUGUGCCUUCUCGUCUUCUUGUUGGUCAUGGUGAUAGGCAACCUGGUGGUGCUCAACCUGUUCCUUGCCUUGCUGCUGAGCUCUUUCAGCGCUGACAACCUCUCGGCACCAGACGAGGACGGGGAGAUGAACAACCUCCAGCUUGCUUUUGCUCGGAUCAACAGGGGUCUUCAGUACGUGAAACACACAACCUGGAAUUUUUGCUGCAGUGUCCUCCGGCACCCCAAGACGACAGCUGAAAAGAAGGCGAUGAUGAAGCUUGCUGCCCAGAAUACAGGUGCCCUUAAUAACUGUGUGAACAGUCUCGCGGCCGCUGAGCUUGGCAAAGAGAUGGAGAAUCACAAAGAGAACCACGCUGAGGAUGGGAUGAAUAAAAAUGGGGAGAAACACCUAGGAAUUACAGACAAUGAUGAUUUUAUGACCAAUCCUGACCUGUCCAUUUGUGUUCCUAUUGCUGUGGGAGAGUCAGAUAUCGAGGAGGAAGAUGAGGAGCAGAGCACCUUUACUGAAAUGGAGCAGGAUUAUUUCCAGCAGGAAAAACAGCUCCAGCUGAGGGGGCAGCGAUGCCAAAGCCCAGGCGCCCGGAGUCAGAACUCUGAGAUUUGUGAAGAGUUAAGUGAGUUGCACGUGGAUAAGCAGUUGAAGGCUGAGCCACCACCUCCAGUAGGGCAAAAAGAGCUUGAUGAAAUCAGUCUCUCUGAAGGCAGCACAGUGGAUUUGACAAAUCCUGCAGAACUGCUGGAGCAGAUCCCUGAGUUUGCUGAGGAGCUGAUGGAGCCUGAAGAUUGCUUCCCUGAAGUUUGUGUGCGAUUCUUCCCAUGCUGUUCAGUGGACAUCACAAAAUUUCCAGGAAAAAUUUGGUGGAGGCUGCGGAAAACCUGCUACAGAAUUGUCGAACACAACUGGUUCGAAACUUUCAUCAUAUUCAUGAUCCUGCUGAGCAGCGGAGCCCUGGCUUUUGAAGAUAUUUACCUUGAAGAUCGAAAAAACAUAAAAACCAUGCUGGAAUACGCCGACAAAAUAUUCACAUACAUCUUUGUCUUGGAAAUGCUCCUGAAAUGGGUGGCUUACGGCUUCAAGAAGUAUUUCACCAAUGCCUGGUGCUGGCUUGACUUCCUAAUUGUAGAUGUCUCUUUAAUAAGCCUCGUGGCCAACACACUUGGAUACUCUGAGAUGGGUCCCAUUAAAUCCCUCAGGACCCUCCGAGCCCUGCGACCACUCAGAGCCUUGUCACGAUUCGAAGGGAUGAGGGUGGUGGUCAAUGCCCUCGUGGGAGCCAUCCCUUCCAUCAUGAAUGUUCUGCUCGUCUGCCUCAUCUUCUGGCUCAUCUUUAGCAUCAUGGGAGUGAACCUCUUUGCUGGGAAGUUUGGGAAGUGCAUUAAUAAGACAGAAGGAGAUAUGCCUUUAGACCCUAAAAUUAUUAACAACAUGAGUGACUGUAUACUCUACAAUGUGUCGGGCACGUUUUACUGGACGAAAGUUAAAGUUAACUUCGAUAAUGUUGGUGCUGGGUACCUGGCUCUGCUACAAGUGGCCACAUUUAAAGGUUGGAUGGAUAUUAUGUAUGCAGCAGUGGAUUCGCGAGAGUGCGAGGAGCAGCCUGAGUGGGAAUGUAAUUUAUACAUGUACCUGUACUUUGUGAUUUUCAUCAUCUUCGGGUCUUUCUUCACAUUGAACCUCUUCAUCGGUGUCAUCAUUGACAAUUUUAACCAACAAAAGAAAAAGUUAGGUGGCCAAGACAUCUUCAUGACAGAAGAACAGAAAAAGUAUUAUAAUGCCAUGAAAAAGCUGGGCUCUAAGAAACCUCAAAAGCCAAUCCCAAGGCCAUUGAAUAAAUACCAAGGUUUUAUUUUUGAUGUUGUCUCAAAACAAGCCUUUGAUGUCUCCAUCAUGAUUCUCAUCUGCCUUAACAUGAUCACCAUGAUGGUGGAAACGGAUGACCAAAGUCAAGAAAAAGUGAACAUCCUCCAUAAAAUCAACAUGCUUUUUGUUGCCAUCUUCACUGGGGAGUGCAUCAUCAAGAUGCUGGCUCUGCGACACUACUACUUCACCAAUGGCUGGAACAUAUUUGACUUUGUCGUCGUGAUUCUCUCUAUCGUAGGCACCGUACUUUCUGACAUCAUCCAGAAAUAUUUCUUCUCUCCCACGCUCUUCAGAGUCAUUCGCUUGGCUCGCAUUGGCCGAAUCCUAAGACUCAUCCGAGGAGCCAAAGGAAUUCGAACUCUCCUGUUUGCCUUAAUGAUGUCCCUACCUGCUCUGUUCAACAUUGGCCUCUUGCUUUUUCUGGUUAUGUUUAUUUAUGCCAUUUUUGGCAUGGCUAACUUUGCCUAUGUUAAGAAGGAGUAUGGGAUUGAUGACAUGUUCAACUUCCAAACCUUCGCUAACAGCAUGCUCUGUCUCUUCCAAAUCACCACGUCAGCUGGCUGGGAUGGUCUGCUCAAUCCCAUUUUAAACACCGGACCACCGUAUUGUGACCCAAACCUUCCCAAUGCAAAUGGUUCAAAGGGAGACUGUGGAAGCCCUGCCGUAGGGAUUUUAUUCUUUGUAACUUAUAUCAUUAUAUCGUUUCUCAUUGUUGUAAACAUGUAUAUAGCUAUUAUUUUAGAGAACUUCAGUGUAGCCACUGAGGAAAGUACAGAGCCUCUAAGCGAGGAUGAUUUUGAUAUGUUCUAUGAAAUCUGGGAGAAGUUUGACCCUGAAGCCACUCAGUUUAUUGAGUAUUCUGCACUUUCAGACUUUGCAGAUGCGCUGUCAGAACCUUUGCGCAUAGCGAAACCAAACAAAAUCAAACUCAUAGCAAUGGACCUGCCCAUGGUCAGUGGAGACAGGAUCCAUUGCUUGGAUAUUUUGUUUGCUUUUACAAAAAGGGUGCUAGGAGAAUCCGGAGAGAUGGAUGCCCUUAAAAUACAGAUGGAAGAAAAGUUCAUGGCGGCGAAUCCGUCUAAGAUCUCUUAUGAACCGAUUACAACAACUCUCAGGCGGAAGCAGGAAGAGGUCUCCGCCAUCGUCAUCCAGCGGGCCUACAGGAGACAUUUGUUUCGGCGCUCCAUGAAGCAGGCAUCUUACUUGUAUCGGCACAGAACUUUUGACGGCAGCAUCCUCGAGGAUGAUGCACCCGAGAAGGAGGGUCUUAUUGCGUUCAUGAUGAACGAAAACUACGGCAGGCCAAUAGACAAAUCAGAAACUCUGUCCUCCACGUCUUUCCCUCCAUCCUACGACAGCGUCACCAGAGGCACGAGUGACAAUCUCCAGCUGAAGAUGACGGACUCGAGCAAAAGUGAUGAGGCUAUAGAUUGUCUUCUCUCGCCGGACAAGGAUAAAGAAUCAAUUGUUUAAUUGUUUGUUUAGAAUGCUUUAAAAUAUUGUUUACAGAAUGUAAAGCUGUAACUACACAAUGAUUGAAGCAGCCUUCUUAUUAACAAUUAGUUGCAAAAUGAAAAAUGGAGUUUUUACCCUUAACUACAGGAGUCUAAUAAGUCAUAUAACCUUUGACCCUGCUCUUUUUGACUUGGCUCAAUAUUUAUAUUUAUAUAUGCACAGGAAGAAACUUUGCAGGGUCAUAGCUGUUAUAUCAAUGGUGUGAAUAAGAAUAUGCUAGACUGUAAAACAGUAAACACAGUGUAUAUCUAUCCACAGAUAAAGCCUGGCUGUAUACAUUCAUUUAAGGUCUUACUCAUAUUAGUGUGUUUACUUAUGGCAAUGUAUGACCUUGCAUUCUAAAAAGAAAAAAAAAAUAUCACAGCUGCUGUAGCAAAAUGUAACACUUACUGUAUAUGUUGUGAAUGGUCUUUCAUAAAUUUAUUAUAUUUGAUAUUUUUUUACUUAAAAAAAAAAAAGUCUCUUUUUCCAUGGAGAUUAAUGAUCCUUACACUCUUCAUGAUGAACUCUGAGUCAAGGUAAUAGGAACUUGCGGGAUUCCCAUCGUUUGAAGAGGAAAGUUGUUGCAAAGUAAACUAUCAAAUGAGCAACAUUUUAACUGUUUAUUACACUAAGCCCUCCCUCUUGGGACUUGCAACUGCUCAUCAGCAGAAAUACAAAGAAAAAAAAAAAAAGAGAAGGAAAUAAUGUCAAAAUAAUGAGAGAAAUGGCUUGUUCUAUCCUUCAGGAAACUAGACAGUAAUGGAUUCUGUUUGUAAAACUGUUAAUAAAAGCACUAAUUUUUUAGUAUGUUUCAAGAAUCUGCUUUGAAUACCACAAUCAAACUCGCCAUAGAAGUAGUGCAUCACAUUUGUGUGUAGUGCUCCAAAGCACCAUCUACGCUGGCAAAGUUUCUGUUAAGGUAGUGGGGUAGGAUAUGUUUUCCCCAGGAACACUGAGCUAAGCAGCCUUAUUGGAAAUUCUGAGCAUCAAUAUUACUCCAAAAAUAAUACUAAUACUACUAAUAAUAAUAAAACCAAGGUCAAUUGGAUCGUGCAGAGUGGCUGUGACAGUGUGAUCAAGAAGGUGGGAGGGGAAUUGCUUCUGGAUCUGUAUGUAAAUUUUGAGGUUUUGAAUCUUUUCUACUCAGUGUCCAUCUUUCAUUUUCUCAGAUGGUACAGUUAAAUUAUUGAGGAAGGACAAGAAACACAGGAACCAACAAAAAGAAUCUACUAGAAAAUAGAUAUAUCCUUGUUUCUAUAGGCAAAAUUAAUAUUUACAGUUGAUGUGUCCAUCAGCUUCAGGCCAAAGAAAUGACAAUGGGGUGAAAGGUGGAUGUGUGGCUGUACAUACUAACAUAGAUUAUUAUUUAUUAUUAAACUUUCAGCCUCGAUAGAAUGUGAGAAAGCAUUUAUGGAAUAUAGAGACAAGUCCAUCAUUACAGACAACUUAUUUCUUUUUCACUUUCAGACUGAUUGUAUUUGGGUUUGGUUGGGCUUCAUGGAAAAUCCUGAGAUUUCUGUAAUGAGCCAUUGCACUUUAAGGAAGAGUAAUUGUGCUUUUCACCUUGGAGAAGCAAAGAUAUCAAGAAUGUAUUUAAGGUGUAUUGUCACUGACAUUUAGUUACAUCCCAGGUUGUAAAGGGGUCAAAACCCACAUGGAGUUGGCAACAAGAAUUAAAACAACAUGUUACAGUCAAGUUUAUCUACGGCCAUUGUUAUCUGUCCUCUAAACAAGCCAGAAUAUGUAAAGACAACAUGUCAAAAGGACAACGAUGUAUCUGUGUAAAUACGGGCUAAUAUAUUCUCUCCAUUCAUUGAGAGGUGUCUCAGGCAUUCACUUGAGAGUGGUCUAUCGGUUAAUUCAGAGGAUUUGCCAUCAGGAUUCCUGGGGUCUAUUCCUGAUCCUUACUACACGAUUUUUAGGCAAAUAAUUUAACCCAUCUGUGCCUCAGUUUACCCAUCUGUAAAAUGGGGAUAAUAAUACUUACCUACCUCACAGGGGUGUUGUAAGACUUUCUGGUUGCAAAGUGCUAUAAGGGAAUGAAACGUACUAUAUAAGUAUUAUUAUAAUCAUGCUCUCUUGCCCUUUUAACCCCAUGUCUAUGGUGUAUAACAUAGGGCUGUUCCUCUGGAGAUUUUGUUGCCUUUAAAUCUUGUAUGUAAUUAGAUUCUAACUUGAGGGAACUACUCUGCGUUCCUUAAAGUGAAAACACUAAUUCUUUCCUCCCUCCCCAUCCCUAACUGCCCCCCCCCAAAAAAAAAAAA